AAAGCUACAUAAAUGUUAUCCGUUUACAAAAAUUCGAAGUGAAUAGCAGAGAUGAAAUCUGCUUCUUCUCCAAUCACCAUCAAAUAUUCUUUUCUUCACUUACUAAGCAUCAUCCUUUAUUUUCUCUCAAACACUGCAAAAUCAAAUGGUUUCCACUCCAUAAUUCAGCUCCCUUCAUCUGGGCUCUCAAGAAACAGCAGCAAGCAAAAAACUGUGGUUCUAAACAUUGAUAAAUUUGGUGCUAGAGGGGAUGGAAUCACUGAUGACAGCAAGAUUCUGCAAGAUGUUUGGAAGGUUGCCUGUUCUAUGUCUUCGUCUCCUGCGAAAAUUGUUAUUCCUUCUGGGAAUUCUUAUCUAGUCAAUCCUACCAACUUAGGUGGGCCUUGCAACUCACAUGUGACCUUGAGUAUUUCUGGUACUAUCGUUGCACCACGAGAACCUGAGGUCUGGGAUGCUUUUGAUGCUCUUAAAUGGCUUUACUUCCAUGAUGUAAACCACCUCACAGUAGAGGGGGGUGGAGCGAUCAAUGGUAUGGGCCAAAAAUGGUGGGAUCAAUCGUGCAAGAGAAACAAAUCGCUUCCUUGCACCAAUGCACCAAGGGCUAUCACUUUCCACAAAUGCAACAACUUGAAAAUCAGGGACAUUACUUUGGUUAACAGUCAAAAGAAUCACUUGGUGUUUACCAACUGCAGGCACGUUGCAGCUUCCCGUCUCAGAGUUAUAGCACCAUCUGAUAGCCCCAAUACUGAUGGGGUUCACAUAAGUGAAUCAACACAUGUCCAACUCAAGGAUUCCACUAUUGCUACAGGAGAUGAUUGUGUAUCCAUAGUCAGCAAUUCUACAAGAAUUAGUAUAAAUAAUGUCAUCUGUGGACCUGGUCAUGGUAUAAGCAUAGGAAGUUUGGGGAAAUUGAAGUCAUCAGCUACAGUGCACGAUAUUGUUGUCGAUGGUGUGACUAUGUUUGAUACUGAGAACGGGGUCAGGAUCAAAACAUGGCAGGGAGGCAGUGGUUAUGCACAGAAAAUCAUCUUUCGUAACAUAAAAAUGCGUAAUGUCUCUAAUCCCAUUAUCAUAGAUCAAUAUUACUGCGACUCAUCAUCGCCUUGUGCAAACCAGACUUCAGCAGUGAGCAUCGACAGCAUCUCUUUCCGGAACAUCAAAGGCACAUCAGCAACAGAGGAGGCUAUCACACUGUCAUGCAGCGACAGUCAUCCAUGCAAGAAACUGUACUUGGAAGAUAUUGAACUCGUGUCGUUGUCUGGGACUGCAAAGUCGUUCUGCUGGAAGGCAUACGGGACAAGCUCGGGUCUGAUACGCCCUCCGUCUUGCUUAUCAUCUCCAGAGACUAUCUUUCUACCCAACAUCAAGUCCGAGCCAACAAGAGUGGAGAGUGAUGAUGAUCGUGCUUCCAUUUAGGCGUACAAGUGAGGGGCGGGUAGCGUUUGAGCUGCUGCCUUGAUGCUCUCCAUUGCAUCACAUUCGAGCUCCAUGUUGUAUUCAUGUAUGCCCUGAGCAUAUGCUCGAUUUGAUUUAUCUAUUUUUUAAGGUUUGAACUGUCGUAUUACUUAACUAAUUGUGGAAAAGAAAGAAUUUAGUUGCCUAA